UUUAAACACGGCACAGGCACACACAUACACCGUUGCUGAAAGGAGACACACCUCAUAAACCCCACAGAAGGCACUUGAAUUGUUUUCUGAAACGAAAUGAAGCGAGUCCUUAAAGCUUAAGCUUCUAGUAUCUUCUAGUGCUCUCUUUUCUCUUCUCUUCUCAAAUUAGGGUUUCGCAUUUCUCAUUCAUCAAAGCCUUGAUCCUUUUUCGUUCGCACCAGAAACGAUCAUUUGCUACUGUGACUGUUAGAGUACUGAGUUAAUUUGGAUAUAUAAUGUUGUCGACAUAUCCAAUUCUUAACGAUCAACCUAUUGAUCAAUUGAAUGUUACUGAUGUGAAUGAUGAGGUUAAGAGUACAAAACUAGUUACAAAAGGUUUAAAGGAAGAUUUGAUUAACUCUUUGGAUGAAGCCGUGACCAUUGAAAGCGUGGAUGCUGAGGUUUCCAAGAAGGAUGAGGUUGAUGGUUUCAUUGGAAAUACUGUUGAGCUAAAGGAUGCAGAUAGAGAGACUGUAGUUGAUGCAGUAGUUGACACAGGUGUAAUGAAAAGUUCCGAAAGUGUUGAAUCAGAUGAAGAGGGUAACAGUGCAGUAGUUCAUCCAACUGAUACAGAAAAUGAUGAAAAGAUUCCAGAUGUUGUGAACAAUGACAGUGGAAAGAGUGGUAAGCAAUAUGGUAUUACAAAGCCGGUUGACAAUGAUAAUAGUGCAAUGGUGGAACAAGAAGUGGAACAAAUGGAUUUAUCAGCUGGUGCGGAUUCUGCAAAUGUGGCAGGGGACCUAAUUCAUUCUUCUACUAGAGGUACCCCUGUUACAGUCACCGAGAGUGUCUUAACAGAAGUAGUAGUCAGCGGUCAGGAGGAUUCAUGUAGUGCAAAGCCACGGAAUGGUCAUGGUCAGGAUUUCGUAACCAAGCAGGAGGAUAAGGAGUCAAAUGUGAGGCUGAGUAAUGAGGAGUCAAAGCCCGAGCUGGAGUGUGACUUAAAGCCACCUUGUGAGCAUCUCAUGCCCAACUCUUUGCUUCUUGAAAAUCAGGUAUCUGAGGUCAACCCUAGUUUAGGGUCACAAGUAAGAUUUGAUUCUGUUUCUAGUAAUUUUGUGUCAAUUAAUCAAAAGAAUGAAAUAAAGGAUACUAUAAUUGCUAAUAAUGUCAAAUUAGAACAAGAAAUUGUUAGGUCAGAGAUGGUGGAAGAACCAUCAUCGAAAAUUGAUGUCCCUGUUAGCGAUGAAUCACAUUCAAUGGAUGUUGAAGAGCUAGACGAGAAAAAGGCAUCUGCUGAGGAAAAUGUCAGUGACAACAGAAGUCCAGACAUGAACAAGACCAAUAUCAGUGAAGAUGUUGGUUAUCCAGAAAAGUUAAACUUGGAUGGAAGUUCUGGUGAUGAUUCCAUGGAAGAGGAUUUUCCAGAGGAGGGCAAGCAAUUUGAUUCCAAUUUUAAUGUUGAUGAACUUAGAGAAAAGGGGGAAAGUGUUGAAUUGCCUGUUGUGAAUGAGGAGCGUGAUGCUAUUGCGGUGGGAGAUGGUCUAUCCUCAGAAGAAGGUGGUACCCAGCACAAUAAUAAUAUUCCUUCUGUUUCUCUUGUCAAGAAACAAAAAUUUCAGGAUCAAACAUCAGUUGAGAAUAAUGAGCCUCCAAAACGACAAAAAAGGUGGAAAUCUGAAACAGUUAAAGGUUCAGAUUCACAAAUGUCUACUGUCAGACCUGCUACUGCACCAAAGGGUGAGCCAAUUGCUUUGAAGCGCAAUUUGUCUUGGUCUGAUUCCUCAGCAAUUGAUGAUGCGCCCAAAGAACGCAUCGUUCCACCAUCACAAAGGCCCCCAACUAAUUCCCUCAGGAUUGAUCGUUUCAUCCGACCUUUUACCUUAAAAGCAGUGCAAGAACUUCUUGGUAAAUCUGGGAAUAUCAUCAGUUUUUGGAUGGACCAAAUAAAAACCCAUUGCUACGUCAGUUACUCAACUGUUGAAGAAGCCACUGAGACCCGAGAUGCUGUUUAUAAUCUUCAAUGGCCUCCAAAGGGUGGACGCCUUUUAGUUGCUGAGUAUGUUGAACCCCAAGAAGUGAGAAUGAAGCUAGAACCUCCUCCUCCUGUUGCCUUUGCCAACAAUGAUUCAACAGUUCCUCCUGUAGCAACUACCUCACUGCCAGAGCCUUUACCCUAUCAGCACAAGGAGCAACCUCCCAUUCCUGUCACACUUCCUCCUCCACCGCCUUUGUCAAAGCUCCCGCCAGCAACUAGAGAACAACUUCCACCACCACCACCUUUGUCAAAGCUCCCACCAGCAGCUAGGGAACAUCCUCCACCUCCACCACCUUCGGCAAAGCUCCCGCCAGCAGCUAGAGAACGGCUUCCACUGCCGCCACCAUUGUCAAAGCUCCCACCAGCUGCUAGAGAACGGCUUCCACCACCAUCACCCCUUCCAGAGAAAGUUGACCGACCUAUUCUUACAAUCGAUGAUAUCUUUCGCAAAACCAUAUCAACUCCUCAAAUCUACUAUUCACCGCUAUCCGAAGAGCAAGUUGCAGCAAAACUGGCGGCACUGUGCAGAAGUAUUAAGCAGUAGACAACUGUUGUUCAGAGUUUUUUCCCUGGCAGCUUGUUGAUUUUCUUAUUAUUUGCCAUUGGAAGUUUUUUUUCUGUAGAUAUGCAUCUUGGCAGGUACGCCAGUGUUCCCAUGUCCCCCACGGGAAGAAAUUGUUGAUGCCAAUGGUUAUUUUCUGGUUCUUGGUACUGUUACAUGGGUUGUGACUAAAAAGUUGUUUAGUAUUAGAACUUUACAAGCUAAAAGAUACUUGACUUGAGUGAUAGUUUUUUUCUUGACCGAUACAUUUUGAAGUUUAAAAAUCUAUGGUAGAUUAUGUACUUUUGCCAUGAAACCAAAUUGUUGAAUAACAAUGUUAGUUGUGUUC